AUGGCUUCCAGAAUGCUAUUCAGAUCAGCUGCUACCAUUGCUACAGGUAGACAAGCAGUAGCACAACGGACCUUCACCACCAGCUCUGUAAACCUAUCUUACAAAGAGAGCAGCCACGGAUCCGAAACACACGACCCAGAGAAGCACAAGCAAGAUCUGCUAGCGAAGCACAAGGAAGGCAAGGGCCACUGGAAGCCCGAGCUAGCAUCCGAUAGCGAGGAAGCCGUCAAGGCUGAUCGGCAUGGCGGCGGCGGCAAGGAGGACAUCGCGGCCCUGCAGGAGCGCACUAAGAGUGCUGCGGAAGAGACCAGCAAGGCUGGCACUAGCAUGCGUGAUGGGUUACUCGACUUAAUGGAUAGGGAUGGUGCGGGCCCGACAAAGUAA